AUGACAAAGCCAUGGCAAAGACUUCUCUGGCUCAAACAGGACUAUCCUGAUAACUAUACAGACCCCGACUUUCUAAAUGAGGUUGCCAAACUUCAAGAAGCGCUGUCAGAGCCCCAGAAAACUUCCAGCUACGCUCAGGUUGUUAUUGAUUUCUCACUAUUCUACCAUCGUAUCUUAAACACCGGACUCACGUAUGUGGCCUUCACGCUUUUGCACUUCUACCAUUUCAACCCAAUCUAUUUUACUAUUGGUCUCACAUCUUUUGCAUUCCUCAUCGCAAUUAUCUACCACUAUACCACAGUGCAGAUCAAGUCCUCCUUAAUAAUCAUUUUCACCAUGUUGAUACUAUCACCAGUUUUGAAGUCCCUUUCAAAAACUACAUCUUCAGAUUCGAUAUGGACGAUAUCAUGUUGGCUCACAGCAUUCUAUGUCCUGUCAAUAUUUUUGCAUACCGACUCAAUCACUUCUACUAACAUUCUGGUCGCUAACGUCGCAGUUUUAGCAUCAAGACUUGAGUCGACAACAGACGUUUUUUGCUUUUUGCUAAUUUGCAUAGAGAUCAACAUUCUACUGCCCUAUGUUGAACAAUCGUUGCUAGCACGCAACUAUAACUUGACCUAUGCGAUAACAUUCUGUCUCGACAAUCUUGUAGCAUAUUAUUUUGUUGCAAAAUGUCUAGGAUGGUACUAUGUCUUCAUCUUCGGAAUGAGUGCCAUUACAUUUGUGCUAGUUUUGCCACGCUACUUCAUUUACUGGCAAAGGAACUACUACAAAAGCGAUCCCUACUUAUGUAGAUGGGAUGCAAAGAAACCCGUCCUCGAUUAA